AUGCUUUUUGGGGAGAGGAAGCUCCUUGGUCAGAUUUCACGCCUGUUGGUGCUGGGGAGCCUGAUGCUCUUUGCCACAGUGGUGCUAAAGUACACGACUUGGGAGUGCGAGGUCAGCCACCUGGGAAAAGACGCCACAGACCCCAGGAGCCAGUUCUGCAAGGACCGGCUGUAUCAGUCUGUGAGUCUCUCCCCCAAGAGAGACCUCAGUUGCUCACAGAUCACCACAGGUGACCCUGCGACAGUCCAGGAGGCUCUGCUUAGCAGGCUGCUACGCAAAAACAGGAGGGACUCCCUGGAUGAAAAGGAUUACUUGAACAUGACCAAGGACUGUGGACUCUUCAAAGAAAGCAGGAGGUUUAUUGAGUUCCCCCUGAGCAAAGAGGAGGAAAACUUCCCCAUCGCUUACUCCAUGGUCAUCCAUAACAAGAUUGAGAUGUUUGAAAGGCUAUUAAGGUCCAUCUAUGCCCCCCAAAAUGUGUACUGUGUGCAUGUAGACAGGAAGGCCCCAGAACCUUUCCUAGAGGCUGUCCAAGCAAUUGCCUCCUGCUUUGAGAACGUCUUUGUGGCAUCUAAACUGGAGCGUGUGGUGUAUGCUUCGUGGUCGAGGGUCCAAGCCGAUUUGAACUGCAUGGAAGACCUACUCCAGAGCAAGGUGCAUUGGAGGUACCUCCUCAACACCUGUGGGACCGACUUCCCUAUAAAGACCAAUGCUGAGAUUGUCCAAGCCCUGAAGCUUUUGAAUGGGAAAAACAACCUGGAAUCAGAGCGCCCAUCUGAGGGCAAAAAGGGGCGCUGGAGAUACCACCACGAAGUGACCGAUUCUGUGGUCCGAACUGCCACAGAAAAGAGCUCCCCUCCGCAAAGCUCCCCCAUGUUCACCGGUAAUGCAUAUUUCGUUGUCACCAGGAAGUUUGUCCAACACCUGUUUGAAGAUCUGACUGCAAAAGAGCUGAUAGAGUGGUCCAAAGACACUUACAGCCCAGACGAACACCUGUGGGCCACUCUGCAUAGGUUGCCAGGAGUGCCUGGGUCAGUUCCCUUCAGCAGUAAAUUCGACCUAACAGACAUGAAUGCCAUUGCAAGGUUGGUGAAAUGGAGUUACAGUGAAGGAGACAUCGGCAAGGGGGCCCCUUAUCCUCCUUGCUCAGGUUCCUACCAAAGGGCGGUGUGCAUUUAUGGAGUGGCUGACCUCCACUGGAUGAUCACCCAACAUCAUCUGUUCGCCAACAAGUUUGACCCCAUAGUCGAUGACUACGCCAUACAGUGUUUAGAAGAGUAUCUGCGCUACAAAUCGAUAUACGGGAAGGAACUCUGAGUGAGCUCCUGCGAGGUUCCUCUCCAAAAGGACAGUUUGGAGACGGCUGUUUUUGAGGUCCUGGCACAUAUAUUUGUGGGGCAUGACUAUUUACCUUUCACAUUUCUGAAGCACUUAGCAGACCUCCUUAGCUCUCCACUGUGAUCACAGAGACACAAACUUGUGAGUGUUGCACAGGGCAAGGAAGGGAGAUGGGAAGAGGGAGGUGACUGAUGUUACAGAAUGCAGAGUG